AUGGUUAUGGAAUCUGGUCAAUAUCAUGGGCGUUUUUGGCCUUUAUCUCCACGACUAUGGCGUCGAAGCAACGAAUACUCGAAAGUGGUUUUCGAACCCCGUAGACCACCUUUGUCUCCUAUUGAAAUGCGGAGACAUGAUAAAAUAGAUACAACUCCUGACUUGCUUCGUACGAGGAGUUUUAUAAAAGAUAGACUAGAUCAUUUGAAUUUGGAGGAGCGGAUUAUUAUAGACGAACACAGAUGGAGUAUGGAUGCAAAAAAGCCACCAAUCAAGGAAACCAAGAAGAUAGAGGAAGUGGUAAAGUUGAGGGUGAAGAAACAACGGCAACCGAGACCAAACAGCCUCCAAUUACUUCUGUGUCCUUCGAGUUCAGGACAUUACAGCAGCAAUACUUGGCGGUACACCCGAGUCCGAUCAAAAAGGUUGGUAAAAAUUAAUACAUUCUUACAUCUUGUUAAAUAUUUAUCUUAG